AUGAGUCCAGAUUCCCGUUCAUCUUCGGAUCAUGAUCUCCUGGCAAACGUAAGUAACGCACAUCAGUUUGAUCUGCUGAUCUUUACCCAACGUUGGCCAAUAACGGCCUGCUACGAGUGGCGUGAGCACGGCAAAGAUCAUAUCUGCGGUUUGCCGUCCCCGAACACCGUCUGGACGAUUCACGGAAUUUGGCCGACCAAGAUCAACACCAUCGGGCCAUUGUUUUGUAAUAAAACGGCCGUAUUCAACGUGAGCGAGCUAGCGACGAUCCUUCCGCAGCUUGAAGAUCACUGGGUUAAUGUGGAAAAGAACAAACCGGAGGAAUCAUUUUGGGAACAUGAGUGGCUUAAGCAUGGCACCUGCGCUGCGGAAAUCAUCGACGAGCUAGACACGGAACUGAAGUACUUCGAGCAGGGCCUGAGCUGGCUCGAAAAGCACUCGGUGGGUGUGGCAUUCGCUGCAUCGGGUAACAUUAUGCCCGGCUAUAACUAUAGCCUAGCGACGCUCAACAAGGCCCUGUACGAUUACUACGGCAAGGAUGUAGCCAUCGAAUGUUACAGCGACUCGAAAACUCACCGGCAGCUGCUAAACGAAGUUCGUAUUUGCUUCAGCAAGGCAUUCGAACUGAUCGAUUGUGACGGAAUAGUGGGAUUCGAACGGUUGGCCACCACUUCGCGGGUUGGCACCGUCAUCAGCAAUUGCAACGCCGCCAAACCGAUCUUCUAUCCCGACUCGGUUCCGAAUGAAGUAUCGUUCUGGAAGCGAAUGUGUAAGAUAUUCCCAAUUAAUCGAUGCUCAGGUUGGACGGCUGCAACGAAAAAGACGCUCAACGACGGGACAGCGAUGGCCGAGAAUCGUACGCCUACUUGGUUCUAGGAGUCGAGUGGUGUAUUCGAAUAUUUCGGUAAUAAAUGUGCCAUUACACGCAAACUUUCACCGGCUUGCGACCAUCCA